ACUAGGAUACUCUUUAGUUACGGGCUUGAUUUCGGGUUUGUGAAUUGUGAUGAGUUGGGUGAUGAGUCGGUAUUGAUUUUAAGGAAGUUUAAGGAGAUGGGUUGCUCCUCUCGUUGUUUCUCUCUCUAAAACUCGGCCGCAACCGGUUCGAUUCUCCACCCUCCUCCCCUCUGCUUCCGCCUUCGAUCGCCAGUCAGGUUGAGACCCGGACAUUUGAGGAGAUAGAAAAGGUAUUGGAAUAUGCAUCUCAAACAAAGACUUCCUUGACGCGGAUAAUGUUGGAUAAUAUGGUUGUACCACUACCAAAUGGGGAUGUUGAUGUAUCCAUGCUCGAACAAGCUGUGAAAUUGAUUGAUCGGAGAUUCGAAACUGAGGCAUCUGGUAAUGUUACUCUUGAAACCGUACACAAGAUUGGACAAACAGGGGUUGACUUCAUUUCUAGUGGUGCACUGACUCAUUCUGUAAAGGCUCUAGACAUCUCCCUCAAGAUUGAUACGGAGUUGGCCCUUCAAGUGGGAAGGCGUACAAAACGGGCAUGAUCGAGAAGUUAUCGGCCGGCUAAGGUGGUGACUUCGAACUUGUCAACAGUUGGUACAAAAC